UGCGGGCGCGCCCGCAGCGAGUGCCGGGGUGGGCCGGGACCGGGGACCGGGGGGGCGGGGCCCGGGAGCGACCCCCGGGAACGGACCGGCCCCGCACCGGGGGUGACGUCAUCGCGUCACGGAGAGGAGCGGCCGUCCGCGGGUGACGUGAAGCCGCCGGCCGGCAGGGGGCGCUGAGGGCGGCGCACGGGCCAUGGCGGAGCGGGAGGGUGGGAACCCCGAGGGAGCUGCGCCGGUGCCGGCGGGACCGCAGGCCCCGGAGCUCUCCCGGGAGGAGAAGCUGCAGCUGCGGAAGGAGAAGAAGCAGCAGAAGAAGAAGAAGAGGAGCGAGAAGGCGCCGUCGGCCGAGCCCGCGGAGCUGGGUGCGCCCCCCGAGGCGGGGCAGCCGCGGGCAGCUGCUCAGCCCACGGCCCCCCCUGCCUCGGCUGAUGGCCCCGGUGACGGCGAGAAACCCGCGGGGGGCAAGAGCAAAGCGGAGCUGCGAGCGGAGCGCCGGGCUAAGCAGGAGGCUGAGCGGGCCCAGAAGCAGGCCAGGAAGGCAGAGCUGAGCCAGGCAGCCACGACGGCCAAGCCCCGGCAGAGCCCCACCGAGCCCCAGUCCAUGGUGAAGCGGCUGCCAGAGCAUGUGCAGGUGGAUGACCCUGCUGCCCAGAGGAAACUGGCCAAGAAGCUGGAGAGGCAGCAGGUACCUCUGAGGCAGGACUAUGGCACCAAGGUCAACCUGUUCUCCCACCUCCACCAGUACAGCCGGAAGAAGCCACUGACGCAGCAGAUGAGCAUCCCCUCCACAGUGAUCCACCCAGCAGUGGUGCGCCUCGGCCUCCAGUACUCCCAGGGCAUCAUCAACGGCUCCAACGCCCGCUGCAUCGCGCUGCUCGAAGUCUUCAAACAGGUACCUGAGCAGCUGCCUGGCAGCAGGGACACCGUGCUGCCUGCAGGCAGCGUGUCAGGCUGUGCAGGACAUGUGAGCCCCGACUGCAGCCCUGAGAUCAUACUCCCUUUCUCCUUGUCUCAGCUGAUCCGGGAUUACUCCACUCCCCCCAAUGAGGAGCUCUCACGGGACUUGGUGGCCAAGCUGAAGCCACACAUCAGUUUCCUGAACCAGUGCCGGCCUCUCUCAGCCAGCAUGGGCAAUGCCAUCAAAUUCCUCAAGAAGGAGAUUUCAUGCCUGCCAGACACCCUGAGAGAGGAUGAGGCAAAGGAGAAGCUCCAGGACGUGAUCGACAAAUACCUGCGAGAGAAGAUUGUCCUGGCAGCUGAGGCCAUCUCAAGGUCUGCCUUUGAGAAGAUCAAUGACCACGACGUGAUACUGGUGUAUGGAUGCUCCUCCCUGGUGAACCGGACGCUGUGCGACGCCCACGCCAAGAAGGGCCGCGCGUUCCGCGUGAUCGUGGUGGACAGCCGGCCGCGCCUGGAGGGCCGCGAGACGCUGCGCCGCCUGGUCCGCCGCGGCAUCCACUGCACCUACGUCAUGAUCAACGCCAUCUCCUACGUGCUGCCCGAGGUGUCCAAAGUGCUGCUGGGAGCCCACGCGCUGCUGGCCAAUGGCUCUGUCAUGUCCCGCGUGGGCACCUCGCAGAUCGCGCUGGUCUCCAAGGCCUACAACGUGCCCGUCCUGGUCUGCUGCGAGACCUACAAGUUCUGCGAGCGGGUGCAGACAGAUUCUUUUGUCUCCAACGAGCUGGAUGACCCUGAUGACCUGAUUGUGCUCCGGAAGGGCCAGGCCCAGCUUGGGGGCUGGGCAGAGAACAAGUCCCUACGCCUUCUUAACCUGGUCUACGAUGUGACACCCCCAGACCUGGUGGAUUUGGUCAUCACAGACUUGGGCAUGAUCCCCUGCACCUCAGUGCCUGUGGUCCUGCGCGUUAAGAAUGUGGAUCAGUAGUCAGAGCAGCUGCAUGGACACUAAUAAACCAGGCCCCAGUA